AAGCAUGCAUGGAAAACGCGAUGGAAACCCUAAUCUUAUUGCCCGCAUCUUGAUCUCCUCUCCAGGCAUUGUCCCUACUCAGAGUCCUCAACAAUGGCGCUCUUCUCGCUCCCUCUCUCGCUCCAUUGCCUCAGAACCCCCUUGGCAAUUCCAGCCAAGAUCGAAACCUCUAUUUCAAACCCCCAAACCCUAGUUCCAGACCAGAAGUUGGUGAUCUCUGGUGGUCUGAAGCUCUCCGGCCACGCUCAGAUCAGUGGAUCAAAGAACUCGGCGCUGGCGGUGCUCGCUGGGGACAUUGUGUGCUCCGAUGGGCCAUCGCUUAUCCGUGGGCUUCCCGACCUCGUGGACACGCGCACAAUGGCUGAGGUCUUGGUUUCUCUGGGGGCGAAGGUGGAGGAGAUGGGGGGUGGGGAUUUGGUGGUGGAUGCGAGGGAGGUUAGUUCGGUGGAGCCGUGUGAGGAUGCGAUCGGGAGGAUUAGAGCAGGAAUCUUCGUGCUGGGUCCUCUGGUGGCGAGGUUCGGGGAGGCGGAGGUCUCGUUGCCCGGCGGGUGCCGGAUCGGAGCCCGGCCGAUUGAUCUCUAUCUCCGGGGAUUGGAGGCUCUUGGGGCAAAUGUCCAAUUGAGGGAUGGGAAAGUCUGUGUUCGUGCUGCAAAUGGCAGAGGUCUCGUCGGGGCUCAUUUCCAUCUUAGUUUCCCAAGUGUAGGAGCAACGGAAACCCUAAUGAUGGCAGCUACUAUGGCAGAAGGAGUCUCCGUCCUUACAAACGCGGCUCAAGAGCCAGAAGUUUUAGAUCUCGCUGAGUUUCUGAUUGCAAGUGGUGCAUGCAUAGAAGGGGCUGGCACAAGCACAAUUGUGAUAACUGGAAGGAAGCAGUUACAUGGUUGUGAGUUUACCAUAAUCCCAGAUCGUAUUGAAGCUGGCACAUUCAUGAUCGCCGCGGCCAUUACUCGAUCCUGUAUCUCCUUAUCACCUGUUAUUCCUAAGCACUUGGAAUCUCUCGUGGAUAAGUUAGCCAUUGCUGGCUGCAAGAUCACUCUGAGGGGGCCUCGGAUUCUUGAAGUUUCAGCCACGGCUUCAAGGACUGGAGGAGACCUUCAAAGCUUCAACCUUGUAACGUCACCUUACCCUGGGUUUCCUACUGAUCUUCAGCCUCAGUGCAUGUCCUUGCUUGCAACUUGCAAUGGAAAAAGCAAAAUUGACGAAUCGGUGUUUGAAAAUCGAAUGCAUCAUGUGAAAGAGCUGCAAAAGCUAGGCGCUGGGAUUGAGCUCAAUGGCAAUUCAGCAUCAGUUGAAGGGAGAAGAACACCAUGGUGGAUGGCUCUGAGAGGUUGUCAUGUGGAGGCAGCUGAUUUAAGAGGAGGAGCAGCACUGGUUUUGGCAGGAAUGGCGGCGGAAGGGACAACGGAAGUAGCUGGUGUUGCUCACAUCGAUAGGGGUUACCAGGGCUUAGAAACAAAACUGCAGUCUCUUGGGGCAAACAUCAAAAGAGAGGUUGAUUCCAUGCCCCAAUAGGGUAGCCCUUCCCCGCCCAUUUUCUUUUCCUUAUAACAUCCUUUGAUCUGUCCAAUUUUGCUUUUCUAUGCUCACUUGUGAGCCUCCAAUUGCUUUUACGUGUAUGUAAAUGUAUUCCUUAUGGAUCGCAUACACAUUCAUUUUUUAAAUCAUCAUCAAUUUGUUUCCAAAU